CAUGAACUACGAAACUAUCACUGCACUACUGAGGUACCGUACGACAAGGCUUACGGUUUGCUUAUCUACCCUUGUUGUGACGAUCAUACCGCAUCUGAUAUCAGCACACACACACCACGCAGUGACCGACCGCAGCGGGUUUUCUGUAUGGACUAAUUUGAUCAUGAGCACUGCAGGCAAUAUUGAGCGUUCUGUUGACACUUUGCGCUACUAGGAAGGUGUGUAUGGCACAGGAAAGGUUGCACAUUCAAGUUUUCGUUGAACAGGGUCCAGAAGCCAAAUAUAAAAAGACCUCAGUUUCCAUCAUUUCUUGUUCUCAACUCACUCCACUCGGUGCAGCUCACAGUCCUCUUAAAACCUCUACUUGAUUGAAUAAUCCUCGGCAGAUACUACAUCAUGUACAAAUCACUAUUUCUAUCACUCCUCCCCGCUGCCUUUGCGGCACCUCUUGUCACGCCCAGGGAUGCCUCUAUCAUCCCGGGCAAGUACAUCGUGAAGUUCAAGGGGGAGAUGUCCGCGAAUGCUGUGAGUGAGGUCACUGCUUCCAUUGCGAAGAAGCCUGACUUCACCUACAACAUCUUCAACGGCUUUGCUGGCUCGCUUUCCGAUGAAGAGGUUGCCAACCUCAAAGCCAACCCUUCUGUUGAGUACAUCUCUGAGGAUGCUCAAGUUCAUGCGUUCGACUGGCAAAGCGAGGCUGGUGCUCCAUGGGGUCUUGGCCGCAUCUCUCACGUCACCAAGGGAAACACAACCUAUGUAUACGACUCCACGGGUGGCGAGGGAGUGUGCGCGUACGUGAUCGACACUGGAAUCUUGACCACACACCCCGAAUUCGAAGACCGUGCCGAGUGGCUCGAGAACUUCACGGGCGAUGGCAUUGACUCAGAUGGCUAUGGCCACGGAACCCACGUUGCUGGCACGAUCGGAUCCGUCACCUACGGAGUUGCUAAGAAGAGCACGCUUCUUGCUGUGAAGGUGCUCGACUCUUCAGGUGGUGGCACUUUCGCCGGUGUGAUUGCGGGUAUCGACUUCGUUGCCACCGACUCGCAGACUCGCAACUGCCCUAAGGGAUCCGUUGCUAACAUGUCCCUUGGAGGAGGCAAGCAACAAGCAGUUAAUGAUGCUGUCGCCGCCGCAGUCGCUGCAGGUGUUUUCUUCGCCGUCUCAGCCGGAAACUCCAACGUUGACGCAGCCAACACAUCGCCAGCCUCUGAGCCCUCCGCAUUCACCGUCGGCGCCACAGACAUCAACGACGCCAAGGCUACCUUCUCCAGCUACGGCCCCAUCGUCGAUGGAUGGGCUCCUGGCGUCAAUGUGCUCAGCACAUGGAACAACGGCGGCACUAACACCAUCUCCGGUACCUCCAUGGCCAGCCCCCACGUCGCUGGUCUCGCUGCCUACCUUUUGGCGUUUGAGGACCUUACCACUGCUACGGUUACCGACCGUAUCAAGGAGUUGAGCAUCAAGGGUGCUAUCGCCAAUGUUCCCAGCGGAACUGUUAACGAGUUGAUCUUCAACGGUGCACCUGAGUAA